CUCUCUCUCUCUCUCUAACACAUAUUCACACUUUAUCUCACACACACCCGAUCACACAGCCUGACUCCGAGCCACACAAAGUGCCAUUGCACGAAGAACAGAAAUACAUGUUAGAGCACAAAGAGGCAGGAAAGUGAGGGAUGGAAUACAGAAGGAAGACAUAAAUCUGAGCACGAGAGCUUGACUUUGCAAGCACGAAGAGGCUACAGCGGGGACAUACCUCACGUCUGAGAAGGCUCAGAUGGAGCAGCACCAUGGCACUGAGCAUUGACUGAACCGGACCUUCUUUGUGACCUUGAAAACUGGAGUAAAGAUCUGAAGCAGUGGCAGUCGACAGCUGUUGUGUAUCAGCGUGUGUGUGCCCACCCACUGUGUGUGUGUCUUCUUUCCCACUGCUGUGUUUGUGUUUGUGUCUCCUUGCUACCCUUGACCUGACUGAAGUGUCACCAUGUUUUGGACCCUUCUCCUGGCACUGAUCCUAUUGCUGGUGCUCCAGGCCCAGUUGUACGUGUGCCUACGAGAGCUAAGAUCAUCCACCACCCCCGUGAUCUCUGUGAACCCGAAUGAAACCAACAACAGCAGCACCUUACGACGCAUACCUGGUGCCAUCAUCAUCGGGGUGCGCAAGGGUGGCACCAGAGCCCUGCUGGAGAUGCUCAACCUUCAUCCAGAUGUGGAGGUGGCCAAAGCUGAAGUGCACUACUUCAACGUGGAUGAAAACUUCUACAAGGGUUUGGACUGGUAUCGUGCACAGAUGCCUCUUACCCUUGCUGGGCAGGUAACCGUGGAAAAGACUCCAGGUUAUUUCACAGCACCAACAGUUCCAGCCAGAAUGCGGUCCGUGAAUCCUGCAGUGAAGCUUCUUCUGAUCGUCCGUGACCCUGCUGAGAGGCUUGUGUCGGACUACACGCAGGUCCUUCACAACCGCAUCCAACAGAACAAGCCAUACCAGCCUCUGGAGGAGCUGCUCCUGCGCCGAGGACACAUCAACCCCAACUACAAGGCCCUACAGAGAAGCCUUUACCACCAACACCUGGCCAGGUGGUUGGUGCUUUUCCCCAGAAAGCAGAUCCACAUUGUUGAUGGAGAAGCCUUAAUCAGGGAUCCAUUCCCAGAACUUCAGAAAGCAGAGAAGUUCCUGGAACUUCCAGCACGGAUAAUGCCAGACAACUUCUACUUCAACACCACUAAAGGGUUUUACUGCCUGCUUUCUGCAGGACAUGACAAGUGCCUGGAUGAAUCAAAAGGAAGGCCACACGCACCCCUCAGCAACGAAGCCUUCCAAAAGCUCUGUCGAUUCCUCAGGUUUCCUAAUCAGAUCUUUUUCAGAAUGGCAGGCCAGACCUUUGACUGGUGCUGAUAAAAGCUUUAUAUGAAAUUUCAAAACUUGCCAUGAAACAUGCCAUCCUGCCUGCUCAGAACUCUACACAUUAUUUGAUAUUUGACUGAGAUUUGAUUAACAACUUGGUUUAUUUCAACCAGAGAUUCUAACCAAACCUGGUUAAUUCCAAACAAAUCCAUAAACUGAGAUGAAGAAAAAAAAUAAGAGCACAAAUGUAGAGAAGUGGAAGACUGUACUCCUUGCACAAAGGUUCCUCCUGGUGUUGGUUAUGCAGAAAUGCAACAAACCUGAUCUUCAAAUUCAGGGCUCUGGAUUAAUGGACUCAGGCUGUAAAUCAGGGUUUCUGAAUCGUAUCCACAGAUCUGCUUGUUUUUUAAUGAAACCUGCAGCUACGCUGGCACUUUGUGGAUAUGAUUGUUGAGCCCUACUGUAGACUAACUGUAUAUUUAAAAUGUUAAUACAUAAAAAUGUAAAUAAAAAAAAAGCACCUGCUGAGAGUACUCACAUUUCCAACAAGACAGACAUCAUGUAGCUUAUACUUUCUCUGUAUUUUGUGUACUUUACAAAUGUUUGUACAAGCGUAUGACCGAGCGCCGUCAUUGUUCUAAUAAAGUUUUUCCAUUACCA